GCGCGCGCCGCUCUCUCGCGCCGUGUCUAUUGUGAAGCUUUGUGCGGAGGAAGGUCCGCGCUUUCUCCUUCCCUUCUCCCCCGGCUGCUCCGUCUCAGCGCCUCCCCCCUCGGUCUCUCGCAGACGCCCGUGCGCGAGGGGGGCUCUCGCGCAGGGCGCGUUCGAACUUCCAGCCCCAAAGGACCCGGUGGGCACGAGCUCCCCUGACCUAGAGAGGGGAAGGGCUGGUGCGGGGCUGUGGGAAGAUGUGAAAAAGGGAGAGUGGCGGUGCUGGUGGUGAACGCCGAGAACUGGGAAAGACGCCGGGAUUCCCUAAGCAGAAGGCGCGGUCUGUUAGCUGCUUGAUAUUUCAAGAUGCCGCUGGUAAAAAGAAACAUAGACCCUAGAUAUCUUUGCCAUACAGCUCUGCCACGAGGCAUCAAGAAUGAACUGGAAUGUGUUACCAAUAUUUCCUUGGCAAAUAUAAUAAGACAGUUAAGCAGUCUAAGUAAAUAUGCAGAAGAUAUCUUUGGUGAGCUUUUCAAUGAGGCACAUAGUUUUUCUUUCCGAGUGAAUUCCUUACAAGAACGUGUGGAUCGUUUAUCUGUCAGUGUCACACAACUUGAUCCAAAGGAAGAAGAACUUUCACUGCAAGAUAUAACAAUGAGAAAAGCUUUCCGAAGUUCCACAACUCAAGAUCAGCAGCUCUUUGACCGCAAGAGUCUUCCAAUCCCUUUGCAAGAAACUUACGAUACAUGUGAACAGCCACCACCACUCAACAUCCUUACCCCUUACAGAGAUGAUGGAAAAGAGGGUUUAAAAUUUUACACAAAUCCUUCAUAUUUCUUUGAUCUGUGGAAAGAAAAGAUGUUACAAGAUACAGAAGAUAAAAGAAAGGAAAAGAGAAAACAGAAGCAGAAAAAUCUCGAUCGUCCUCAUGAACCAGAAAAAGUGCCACGGGCUCCUCAUGACAGGCGCAGAGAGUGGCAGAAGUUAGCCCAGGGGCCAGAACUCGCAGAGGAUGAUGCCAGCCUCUUACAUAAGCAUAUUGAAAUUGCUAAUGGCCCUGCCUCACAUUUUGAGACCAGACCUCAGGCAUAUGUGGAACACAUGGAUGGACCCUAUUCUCUUUCUGCAUUACCAUACAGCCAAAUGAAUGAACUUCUUAACAGGGCAGAAGAGCGUGUUUUAGUAAGACCACAUGAACCACCCCCACCCCCACCAAUGCAUGGAGCAGGAGAUGUGAAACCCAUUCCACCCUCCAUUAGCUCGACUGCAGCUUUGACAGAAAAUCGCCCUCAGUCUCCUGCUGCUGGCAGAACCCAAGUGUUUGUGAGUCCCACUCCUCCCCCUCCCCCUCCCCCCCUUCCGUCUGCUCUGUCUACUUCUUCAUUAAGAUCUGCAAUGACUUCCACACCGCCCCCUCCAGUGCCGCCUCCUCCCCCUCCUCCAGCCACUGCUUUACAACCUCCGGCUGUCCCUCCACCCCCAGCACCCCUACAGAUUGCUCCCGGAGUUCUUCAUCCAGCUCCACCUCCCAUAGCACCUCCUUUAGCGCAAUCCUCUCCUCCCAUCACUAGAAUUGCCCAAGUAUGCGAACCCAUUCCAGUUCCCCCAAGUGAAAUGCAAGGACUUCCUCCGCCGCCGCCGCCUCCUCCUCCUCUGCCACCUCCUGGUGUUCGUCCCUCAUCACCAGUUUCAGCCCUUUCUCACCCUCCCACCUCUAUUGUCCCAGGCCCUCAUGUUCCCAUAAUGCCUCCAUCCCCACCAUCCCAAGUCACUCCUGUUCCUGAACCCAAACGGCACCCAUCAACACUACCCGUCAUCAGUGAUGCCAGAAGUGUCCUCCUUGAAGCAAUACGAAAAGGUAUUCAGUUACGGAAGGUUGAAGAACAACGCGAACAAGAAGCUAAACAUGAGCGUGUUGAAAAUGAUGUUGCCACCAUUUUGUCUCGCCGCAUUGCUGUGGAAUACAGUGAUUCAGAAGACGACUCAGAAUUUGAUGAAGUUGAUUGGCUGGAGUAAAAUGGUUAUAUGCUACAAAACUGAAUGCUAGUGUCCAUUGUGGUGCUUGUUCUUUGAAAAUGUUUGGUCAUUUCUAGUGUUUUUGUAUUUUCUUUAUAUAAUCUAUGUUUUUCUACUUUUUAUUUCAAAAAAUGUUGGCACAUCUUUGGAACUAAAUGUUUUACAGUGAGACAGUUCUUUAAAAAGAGCGUCAUUUUGCUCCCGUAGACCAUUAAGUAUUAAGCAUGGGCAGCUGUCGAUAGAGUAGCAGACUACAUUUUCUGGCAUUUAACUGUGCACUUUGUGAAUUUUAAGUUAUGAAGGCAAUUAAGUUUGAAGUUUCAAGGGCAACUGCAUGUACUAAUGAGCUUUAUUACGUUACAUUGCUAAUGCUGAAAAACUUGGAAAAAGGGGUGUUCAUCCAUCCAGCACUGCAAUCACAACAUUUUAAUGGACCUCGAGUAUGAGAAGAACUUGAAGGAUUUACACCCUAGUAACCACUGCCUUGAUUACACCUGUACAGUACUUGUAGUUUUAGCAGCACUGGAAUACUGAAAGAAAAGGGAAUAUGGAUCUUUGGGGAAUUUUAUUGUUUUUUAUUAAAGAAUUAUGGCCUUAUUUGAAUGCUUUUGCAAUUUUCUUUCCUUUUACCUGUUGUGAUAAUAUUUUCCCUGCUUAAGAUUUUGAUUUUUCUCCCCUUGUGAAACCAUCUGACUUAGUCAUUCUGUGUAAUUUAUGUAACU